AUGGCUGAUCUAGAAGCUGUUCUAGCGGAUGUCAGCUAUUUGAUGGCUAUGGAGAUGAGUAAAUCUACUCCAGCGGCUCGUGCGAGCAAAAGAAUUACCUUACCCGAUCCCAGCAUCCGUGGUAUCAUGACCAAGUAUUUGGAAAAGAACAACCAAAUGACCUUCGAUAAAAUUUUUAACGAGAAGUUAGGUUACUUGUUGUUUCGGGACUUCGUUCUCAAUGUAAGUGAAGAACCUGUUCCUCAGCUUACAUUUUACGAAAAUAUUAAAAAGUUUGAAAAGCUAGACACAGAUGAAGAGCGUAUUAAGUUUGGCCGAGAAAUAUAUGAUCAACACAUUAUGAAAGAACUUUUAUCGCAUAACCACAAAUUUUCUAAAUCAACUGUGGAUCAUGUCCAUGAACUACUCACUCUAUCUCAAAAGACUAAAAAGCUACCAGCAGAUACAUUUUCUUUGUAUGAAGAUGAAAUCCUCCAGUUCCUUCGUGGUGAUGUAUUUGAAAAUUUUCUUAGAAGUAAUAAGUUCACUCGAUUUUGUCAAUGGAAGGAUUUGGAGUUAAAUAUUAACUUAACCACAAACGAUUUUAGCGUACAUCGUAUUAUUGGGCGUGGUGGUUUUGGGGAGGUCUAUGGAUGCCGAAAAGCAGACACUGGUAAAAUGUAUGCUAUGAAAUGUCUGGACAAAAAGAGGAUCAAAAUGAAAGGGGGAGAAACUUUGGCCCUCAAUGAACGUGUUAUGCUUUCACUUGUUAGCACAGGAGAUGGUUGUCCUUUUAUAGUUUGUAUGACGUACGCCUUCCAAACUCCAGAAAAAUUAUGCUUUAUACUAGAUUUAAUGAAUGGUGGUGAUUUACACUAUCAUCUUACUCAACAUAAUAUCUUCUCUGAAUCAGAAGUACGUUUUUAUGCAGCUGAAGUUAUAUUGGGUUUGGAGCAUAUGCAUAAUCGUUUCAUUGUAUAUCGCGAUUUGAAGCCUGCAAACAUACUUCUGGACGAAUAUGGUCAUGUUCGAAUCAGUGAUUUGGGAUUAGCCUGUGAUUUUUCACGUCGGAAACCUCAUGCUAGCGUUGGGACCCACGGUUACAUGGCUCCUGAGGUACUGUUAAAAGGUUGUCCAUAUGAUUCCUCAGCUGAUUGGUUUUCACUUGGAUGCAUGUUAUACAAAUUAUUAAGAGGUCAUAGUCCAUUCCGACAUCACAAGACAAAGGAUAAACAUGAGAUUGACAGAAUGACAAUGACCAUGAGUCUCGAUAUUCCAGACGGUAUGUCCUGUGAAAUGCGGUCCCUGUUGGAAGGUUUGUUAGCACGUGACGUAUGCAAUCGCCUUGGAUGUAUGGGUCGUGGAUCUCUUGAAGUUCGAGAACAUCCAUUUUUCAAAGGAAUUGAUUGGCAGCAGGUUUAUCUGCAAAAGUACCCACCACCUUUAAUUCCACCUCGGGGAGAAGUAAACGCUGCAGAUGCUUUUGACAUUGGCUCUUUUGAUGAGGAAGAUACUAAAGGUAUUAAGCUCACAGAAGCUGAUCAAGCAUUGUAUCAGAACUUUUCACUUGUUGUGUCUGAACGUUGGCAGUUAGAAAUAGCUGAAACUGUGUUUGAUUUUGUUAAUCAAGAGGCAGAUAAAGUAGAUAAUAAAAAAGCUCGUGCACGACAACGUUCUACACAAACUGCUGAUGUUUCAAGUAGUGGCUUAUCUGGAGUUACUUCAAGUGCUGGAAAUUUAAUAAACAUUGGGAAUGUAGGAGUUUCAAAUAGUGGAUCGGGUGGAAAUCUUUCUGACAAUAUGACUGUUGAUGGGGUAGCCUCUGACUGCAUUGUUGAGGGUGACGUUCUGAAACUUGGCGGACCAUUUUUGCAAACAUGGCAACGUAAACAUCUGCGUUUAUUUCCCAACCGUAUUGAAAUAUACAACAAGUCUAGAGAUGGUUUAAUUCUCAAGAAAGGUGUUGAUCUUAUAUCAAUGCUUGAUAUCAAAGAAAUUUCUCCAGAGUUUUCUCGUGUGUGUAAAAUGGAUAAUUGUAUUUCAAUUAAACUGAAAAAUGAUACGCGAUUGUACAUAACUUCAAAUGACAAAAUCAUGAUUACACAAUGGAAAGAAGAAAUAUUAGAAGGCUAUCGAAUUUCCUGUGAAUUGAUGGCACAUAUGAACAAAAAAGCCCAUAAAAUGUAUGGUGUUCUCGAUCCUAUGUCAAACACGGACACUCAUCUUCCUUCUACAACUAGUUUAACUGUUACUACUAGCGGUUCUGUACAGCCUCUCACUUCUACAAGUCGUCCAUCACAGAAGUCACACUCACCUCCACAAAGUUCUACACAUCCCCGUCCUCGUCUAAGUCAUCAGGCAUCAAUGCCUUCCUAUCCACUCACAAACCACAGGGGUCAAGGGUCAUCUUUAGAUUCAGUCACAGGUCCCAAAUCUGGUGAUCAAGCUGUUGAGACAGAUUUAAAUCAAGAUAUUAAUCCACCAGAUGGCGGUGUUGGUAGUGAUUUCAGCAAUAAUAAGUCAUCUUAA